GCCAAACAACAUGGCUGAAGUUGCUUCGGAGGCUCAUCUACUUCUUGGCAAAGAAGUGGCAAGUGAGAUACGUCAGAAGUUGAAAGAAGAUGUUGCGGCUGUCAAAGAAGAAAAUGCAGGGUUUAAGCCAGGCCUUGCCAUUGUACAGAUUGGUGACCGAAGUGACUCAACAGUUUAUAUCAAGUCUAAAGUCAAAGCAGCAGAAGAGAUUGGGAUGUUGGCGAGGCAUGUGAAGCUUCCAAGAACCUGUACCCAAGCAGAUGUUCUGAAAGCUGUAGAUGAACUAAACAAGGAUUCAACAAUUCAUGGCAUUAUUGUUCAGCUUCCACCUGAUUCUGAAAACCCAGUUGAUCCUGCAAUUUGUACUAAUGCUGUAGCUCCAGAAAAGGAUGUAGAUGGCACUAAACCAAAAUACUUUGAAUUGUGUAGUGUUUCUGUUGUCUGGUUCAAGGUUCUGAAAGCUGUAGAUGAGCUGAACAAGGAUUCAACAAUUCAUGGCAUUAUUGUUCAGCUUCCACCUGAUUCUGAAAACCCAGUUGAUCCCGCAAUUUGUACUAACGCUGUGACUCCAGAAAAGGAUGUAGAUGGGUUGCAUGAUAUCAAUGCAGGAAAGUUGUCCAGAGGAGAGUUGGAUGAUUGUAUUGUGCCAUGCACUCCCAGGGGCUGCUUGGAGUUGAUUAAAAAAUCAGCUAUAGUUCUUGGAAGAAGCAAAAUUGUGGGAUCUCCUAUGGCAGAUCUUCUCAAGUGGCACAAUGCUACGGUGACAACAUGUCAUUCAAAAACAUAAGAUUUGCCAGAUGUGGCUCUGGUCAUUCUAGCUAAGAUGAGUGGCAUCCUGAUUAGUGGUAACUUAUUUAUUUUAUUUGUUAUUUUUGUUUUUCCUUUUGCUUUUAAGGGGGACUGGAUUAAACAAGGAGCAGUGGUGGUUGACUGUGGAAUAAAUGUGAUCCCAGAUGAGACAAAAAAAAGUGGGCGUCGCCUUCUUGGUGAUGUAGAUUUCCAAGGGGCAAAGAAAAGAGCAAGUUGGAUAACUCCAGUGCCAGGAGGUGUGGGACCAAUGACUGUUGCCAUGUUGAUGAACAACACUGUUGACAGUGCUAAGAGGGCUCUACAAAAACAAAAGGGUGGACCUUGGGACAUUCGCUAUCUUCCGCUGAAUCUUCAAAGACCUGUUCCAAGCGAUAUUGACAUCUCAAAGCACCAAGCGCCAAAGAAGAUUUUUGAACUGGCAAAGGAAACUACCAUUCUUGAUCAUGAGAUUGAGCUCUAUGGAAACAAGAAAGCCAAAGUUUCCCUUGAUGUCUUGGAAAGACUUAAAGAUCAGCUCAAUGGAAAAUAUGUUGUUGUUGCUGGCAUGACCCCCACCCCAUUUGGAGAGGGAAAGAGUACAACAACAAUAGGCGUGGCACAAGCAAUGGGUGCACAUCUCAAGAAAAACUGUUUUGCCUGUAUUCGUCAGCCUUCCCAAGGCCCUACUUUUGGGAUCAAAGGGGGAGCGGCUGGAGGGGGUUAUUCACAGGUCAUACCCAUGGAAGAGUUUAAUCUUCACUUAACUGGUGACAUCCACGCCAUUACAGCAGCAAACAACCUUCUGGCUGCGGCUAUUGAUACAAGGAUGUUUCAUGAAUCAACCAGGCUUGGCAUUGAUAAAACAGACCCUAAUGAGUUGACACCUGAGGAGAUCUCAAAGUUUGCUCGGCUAAGCAUCGACCCAGACACCAUAACUUUUCAGCGAGUGAUUGACACAAAUGACAGGUUUCUCAGAAAGAUUACCAUUGGUCAGUCAGCUACAGAGAAGAACUUCACACGUCAGACUCAGUUUGACAUUACUGUUGCAAGUGAGAUUAUGGCCAUCUUGGCGCUGACCACUGAUCUGAGCGAUAUGAGGAAAAGGCUUGGUAGCAUUGUUGUGGCUAGUAACAAGAUUGGGGAACCUGUGACAGCAGAUGAUCUGGGAGUUGGUGGAGCACUGACUGUUCUUAUGAAAGAUACAAUCAAACCAAACCUGAUGCAGACAUUGGAGGGCACUCCUGUCUUUGUGCAUGCCGGGCCCUUUGCAAACAUUGCUCAUGGAAAUUCAUCCAUUCUAGCUGACAGAAUUGCUUUGAAGUUGGUUGGACCAAAUGGAUUUGUUUUCACAGAGAGUGGUUUUGGUGCAGACAUUGGCAUGGAGAAAUUCUUUAACAUCAAAUGCAGAUAUAGUGGUCUAACUCCCCACUGUGCCAUCAUUGUUGGAACUGUCAGGGCUCUGAAGAUGCACGGUGGAGGACCAAAGGUCGUAGCAGGGAAACCUCUCCCUUCCGAGUACACCACUGAGAACUUUGAUCUUGUCAAGAGUGGAAUGGUGAACCUUGCCAAACAAAUUGAGAAUGCACGAUUUUUUGGAGUCCAUGCAAUUGUGGCUGUGAACAGAUUCCCGAGUGACACUGAUGCAGAGAUUUCCUUGGUCAUACAGCUUGCCAAGGAGGCAGGAGCUUAUGAUGCUGUAGGGUGCACUCACUGAGCAGAUGGAGGUAAGGGUGCCAUGUGUUUGGCUGAGGCAGUUCUGAGAGCAGUUGAGGAACCUGUUGACUUCAAGUUCCUGUAUGACUUGCAGUUGCCGAUUGAAGAUAAAAUGAGAAUAAUUGCCCAGAAGAUUUAUGGCGCAGAUGACAUUGAGUUGUUGCGUGAAGCUCAGAAGAAGGUGGAACGCUACAAAAAGCAGGGCUUUAAUGACUUGCCAAUAUGCAUGGCCAAGACUCACUUGUCACUCUCUCAUGAACCCGAGUUGAAAGGAUGUCCCAAAGGUGUGUAAAAUUCCAAAUGUCUCGCACUUCUGGUAUACCUGACUUCAGGCUGCUUUAGGCUGUUAGCUUACCUUGGGAUAUCUGCAUAAGAUGCAUUAGGUUAGGAUUAGAGUUAGGGUUAAUCCCCGGCCAGCUUUGUUGCCAGUAUCUGUCCUCUUGUAACCCAUCCAAGAUGUCUCUUUUUCCUCCCCUAUUGAUGGAGAGGGGUGGAGGGGUGAGGAGGAAGAGAGAGAUAGUCUGCUCCUAUUGGGCCAUUAGAGGGAAGUGACCAUAAGAAUUUUUACUCUUGCUGUACUGAACACUUCUCCUUUACAGGCUACCACAGGGGUAUG